UGUCUUUCAGGCGAUGUUUCUACUGUGACGUAUAAUCUAGUGGACGGAACGCUUCUUCAACAACUGCAGCCACCUCGGUAGCUCGCUAGACAACAACGUCGGAACAUUCAAGUUCUUUAGACAAUUUCCUGGUUUAAUUUGCAACUAUGUUUUAAACAUACUUCUGUGUGAAAGAACUAGUUAUCCCAUUUAAUUUCAUAUUGACGUUGUUGCUGUUAGCUGUCUGGUUAAGUUAACACUAGUCUAGUCGCUAAUGCUAAUGAGCUAACAUCCCCGACCAUGAGUUUACUAAGCUACACUGAGAAUUGCUUGACGGAGAAAGGAAAUCUCAUGGAAGAGGAGACUGUUACCGUCAAGAAAGAAGUAGAAGGUGAGGCUGUUACAGUGAAAGAAGAAGGGGAAGAGGCUUUCAGCGUGAAAGAGGAGGAGGAUGAUACAGUGAAGGAAGAGGAAGAUACCGUUUUUGUAAUGAAGGAGGAGGAUGGGGAGAUGACUGUCACAGUGAAAGAGGAGGAAGACGUUUUUGGAGUGAAGAAGGAAGAGGGGGAGAUUACUGUCACAUUGGAGGAGGACGAAGAACAGAAGACUGGAGAACUGAUUAACACCAGUAAGUACAGAAAGAGACCAGCCUCUCACUCUGACAGACGGAAGAGUCCUUCAGGGGAACCAGACACAGAGACUCCCAAACCAGCGAGACGACAUCACUGCUCCCUGUGUAAUAUGAGUUUUAAGUGGUCAUGGAAGCUGAAAGAGCAUAAAAGGACACACGUAGGAGAAAAGCCAUUCCAAUGCUCCCAGUGUGGAAAGAGUUUUACUUUGUUAGGGAGCCUGAAAAAACAUAAGAGAAUACACACAGGAGAAAAGCCUUAUCACUGCUCCCAAUGUGGAAAUAGUUUUAUGUGGUUAGGGAGCCUGAACAAACAUAAGAGAAUACACUCUGGAGAGAAACCGUACCCCUGUUCCCAUUGUGGAAAGAAUUUUAGGUUGUUAGAUACCCUGAAGGAGCACGAGAGGACACACACAGGGGAAAAACCUUACCAUUGCUCCCAGUGUGGAAAUAGUUUUUCCCAGUUAGGGAACCUAAACAAACACAAAAAAAUACACUCUGGGGAGAAACCGUACCCUUGUUCCCAUUGUGGAAAGAAUUUUAGGUUGUUAGAUAAUCUGAAAGAGCAUGAGAGAACACACACAGGGGAGAAACCUUACCGAUGCUCCCAGUGUGGAAAGGAUUUUACCCAGUUAGGGAACCUAAAAAAGCAUGAGAUAAUCCACUCUAGAGAUAAGCCUUACCACUGCGCCCAUUGUGAAAAGAGAUUUACCCAGUUAGGGAGCCUGAACAAACAUAAGAGAAUACACUCUGGAGAGAAGCCUUACCCUUGUUCCCAUUGUGGAAAGAAUUUUAGGUUGUUAGAUAAUCUGAAGGAGCAUGAGAGGACACACACAGGGGAGAAACCUUACCAUUGCGCCCAGUGUGGAAAGGAUUUUACCAAGUUAGGGAACCUAAAAGAGCAUGAGAGGACACACACAGGGGAGAAGCCUUAUCACUGCUCCCAUUGUGGAAAGAGUUUUAUCCAGCUAGGGAACCUGAAUAAACAUAAGAGAAUACACUCUGGAGAGAAGCCUUACCCCUGUUCCCAGUGCGGAAAGAGUUUUACCCAGUUGGGGAACUUAAACAAACAUAAGAGAAUACACUCUGCAGAGAAGCCUUAACAUUGUUCCAAGUUAGGGAACCUGAAAAGGCAUGAGAACAUAAACACAGUUUGGAUAGAGUUUGGAUAGAGUUUUAGUUCGGGAACCUAAUUGUGGAAAGACAUUUUCCCGGACAGAGAAUCUGAAAUCACAUGAGAGCAUAGACAAGGCUAGUGUUCUGACUUAUGUUUGAGUGUUGUUUUUAUCAAAUCUCCCCCAAAAAGUCCUACUUUAGUUUUUUCCUCUUGAGACAUGAUUACAAUUACAAUAAAGUUACAAUUUAAAAUGUGGAUUUGAUUUUGGAUGAACCCUCAGAUGUUAAUGAUAUGAUUUGGAAAGUUGUAAAAUGUAAUUAUUAAAUGGAGGAAUAUAAAACAGA